AUGGGUGUAAUUACAAGGCCUAUAAAGAUAGUCAUUGGAUGUGCUGUUGUGCUGCUGCUAUUACUCUUAAUAAUAGGAAGUAUUUUUAUGGUCUCCAAAAAGAAUUCAAAAGGCGGCUUUGGCAUGAAUAGUAGUGAGAAUAUUCACGGUCAUGCUCAUAUUCAUGGCCAUACUGCUAUUUCUGUGCAAGAGGAAACUUCUCCUGUUUUCAUGAGUGACAUCUCAGAAGAAAAAAAGGGAAAUGGCACAAUCACAGUGAAAACUCUGGGGGGCCAUACGCAUUGCGGACACAACGGGCAUGAAUGCGGUUAA